AUGUCCAUAGUGGCGGCAUUCUUCGUGGUGUUCAGAAAUGCAACAACACCAGGUUGUAUUGCGGAGGAGACACAAAGCCAGCGUAGCGGAGCUGCAAAGAAGGAUGAGACGAUGAAAGCGAGGAGGCAGUUUCGAAGCGAAGGCGCUAAUUUUAACGGGCUGAGUUAUACAGAACGAAAACUCUUGGAUGACACGGUCACCAAUCCUUGGCGAAGUCUACCCGGGUUAUCAGCAGGAGCAGGUGCGUUACACAAAAUACUGGCCAUUGUUUGA